AUGUUUCCUUCUGGCAAAGGAAACCAUGAUCUUGAUAAUGGUAAUUGUAAUGUUGACAUGGAAGAUGACAUUACUAGUGUAGAAAAUGGAAAAACUAAAGAUGGUGUUGAAGCACUAGAGAAUCCUGUGACAUCCGAGUCUGCUGAUGAAGUUUCGGUUUUUCCUCUAGAGCAUUGCAUGAGGAUAUUGCCUCAUGAUCAGAACACCGGGGCCUUCUUUAUUGUUGUGCUGCAGAAAGUUUCUCCUUUGCCAGCUAUUACGGAAAACCCUAGCAAACAAAUUGAUGAACAAAAUGUAGAACCACCAAACCAGAGUCUUGAGAAUGCACAAGCACCACAGAUCAAUUCAUCUGACAGUAUAAUUGAAGAAGUCGUCAAAGCAGUUCCAGAGGAAAAUAUGAUUGACAAUGUAUCUAAUACAGAAGAUUUGGAAGUUAGUCCUCUUACACGUGAAGAACAGAACUCUGAGGAAACUGAAGUGCCACAUAAUACACAGGACAUGGAAAAGAAGGCUCCAGGAAAACGAAAGCUACAACUUCAAGGACAAUGGAGAGGUGUUGACCCUGUUGUCUUUUUUAAAGAUGCCAUAAGAGACGAUGUUCACAUUAUAUCUUUAUCUCUUGGUCCUCAAUCUCCUCAAGGCGACUAUUUCAAUGAUGCCAUAUCUGUGGCGUCUUUCCAUGCUGCUAGACAUGGAAUUCUUGUAGUAGCAUCAGCUGGAAAUGAAGGAACUCGUGGCUCUGCAACAAACUUUGCACCAUGGAUCAUCAUUAUUGCUGCUAGCUCAACAGAUAGGGAUUUCACCUCUGAUAUCAUAUUAGGAAAUGGUGCUAACAUCAAGGUAAACACAGAUACGGUAUUUAAACAUAAAUUCUAA